AUGUCGUCGCGGUCUCGAUUACGCUUGUCGCUGACGGUGGAUUCGUCCAACGCAGGCUCAGAAACGGACGAGCAGCUGCUUCCGCAACGACCGUUGUUUGCCGGCGACAGAAAGGGCAGCUACCCCCAGGACACCGACACACAGCAACAACCACACAACCUGCCCACCCUCUCCCACCGAUUACGCCACGAUGCUUCCAUCCUCGCCCUCGCCCUCUCGGACAAUGCCGUCUUUGCCGGCACUCAACGCGGCGAGAUCCUCGUCUAUUCGCUCGACACGUACGACCGCAUUGCCCUGCUCGAAGCGCACAAGAGCAGCGUCCUCGACCUGUGCAUCUGCCCCGACGAGAAUCUACUCUUCUCCACCGCCGCCGACCGCAUCACAAACGUCUGGGACCUGAACACCUACCAACACGUCUACUCGCUGUACUCACGCUAUGAUACCGGCGAUGUCUUUUGUGUCGCCUACUCGUCUCUGCUGCGGACCGUAUACCUAGGCGCGCAAAACACCAGUAUCCAGUGGUAUGACUUGAAAGAGAAGGACCAUAGACCCAAGCCAAAGUUGAAUGAUCAUCCGUCGUUGAGGGAGGAUCCCUUCUUUGACUCGAGGGGGCCUGGUGGUGUCAGGACUCCUCGACCCGCAGACCAGGGUCUUCCUGCGAGGCAUGCUGCUGGAGGUGAUGUUCUCGAGAUUGAUCGGGACAACAUCAAGCACUUUGCCCAUUAUGGCUAUGUCUAUUGCAUGAUGUUGGCNAAGGGUGUUGUGCCCGAUGCUCCCGGUGAUCAGGUCUUGAUCUCUGCUGGUGGAGACGGCGUUAUCAAUCUGUGGACCAUGGAUGCGAAUCGUGGAGGUGCCAUUGAUCUGCUCUACACGCUUGACGAUGGCAGAGAGGAAGGCCAGUCUAUCUUGUCUAUCGCCAUCGACGCUACCUUCCUCUACUCUGGUCGAACUGGUGGCGAGGUCAACGUCUGGGACUUGGAGACGAGACAGCUCGUCCGGAGUUUGAAAGCCCACAGAGAUGAUGUCCUGUCAAUCUGUAUCGGCGGCGGCUAUAUGUUUUCUGCCGCCGUCACUGCANNGAAAUUUGAUCGCCAAUACCAAUGCGCCAGCAGACUUCGCGCUCACGAAGGCCAGAUCUUGACUUCAGCCUUUACAUACCACAAGGGCAAACCUCUGUAUGUGACAGGUGCCAAUGACAGCACCGUGGCUGUCUGGGAUGUCAGCGAUUGCAUCAUGUCUCCCACUGCUGUCAAGAGGACUACCGACGAGCAGAUGCUUGACCAUCUCAAACGCUUCAUUGCAUACCGCACUGUCUCUUCCGACCCGAAGUACAAGGGUGACUGCCGUCGCGGUGCCUCAUAUCUUCGCCAAGUCUUCAAGAGCUUUGGUGCUGUCACCGAGAUGCUGCCAACCGAAGACGGCUCCAACCCUGUCAUCUUUGCUCGCUUCAGAGGAAAUCCAGCCACUGCAGCAACUAGAAAGAAGAUCUUGUUCUACGGUCACUACGACGUCGUUGCUGCCGACAACGAGCAAGGCAAGUGGGUUACUGAUCCCUUUGUCAUGGAGGGCUUGGACGGUUAUCUCUACGGAAGAGGCACUUCGGACAACAAAGGUCCGAUCAUGGCUGCAAUCUUCGCCUGCGCCGAACUCAUGUCUGAACAAGCCCUUGGCUCAGACGUCAUCUUCCUCAUCGAAGGUGAAGAAGAAAGCGGUUCGCGCGGUUUUGCAAAUGCCAUCAAACAGCACAAACAGAGCAUCGGAGACGUCGACUGGAUCCUGCUUGCGAACAGUUAUUGGCUGGACGACUCGAUACCCUGCGUCACCUACGGCCUUCGCGGCGUUAUUCACGCUACUGUUCAAGUUGAAAGUGAUCAUCCUGACUUGCACAGUGGUGUUGACGGAAGUUCGCAGCUUGACGAGCCGUUGAAGGAUCUUGUCAUGUUGCUGUCUACCCUGACAGGCACUCAUGGCAAAGUCAAGAUUCCUAGCUUCUACGACCCUAUCCCAGAAUUGAGCAAGGAAGAAGAGAUCUUGUAUGAAGACAUUACACAAGCCUUGGUCGCGAGGAAUCCAGAUCUUGGCGACCCUCACGACCUUGCACUUUCCCUGAUGCGUCGCUGGCGAGAGGCUUCGUUGACAGUCCAUCGUUUUCAAACCUCUGGUCCCGCAAACGCAACCAUCAUCCCUAGACUUGCACAAGCAGCUCUAUCACUUCGCUUGGUGCCGAAUCAAGAAGCAGACACUGUCGGCGAAGCACUAACCAAAUACCUACAGUCCGAAUUCAACAAGCUCGGCUCGCACAACUGUAUGACCGUCACCAUCGACCACCAAGCCGAACCCUGGCUCGGCGACUUCAACAACCAAAUCUUCCAAACCCUCGACAAAGCCAUCAUGGACGUCUGGGGUCCCAUCCCCGAGGUGCCCCAACACCGCAGAAAGUCUUCCCUGGCGGUGACCAAAGAGAACGAACUCAAAGUCACCAUACCCAAAAAGGAAGAAGUGCAAAACUCACACGCAUCCAAACCUUCACCAACCACCUCUUCCGUCCUCGCAAACGGCGGCCCCAAUUCCUCUGCGUUAUCAGACAUCACCAACGACCCCCUAUCUCUACCUCUCCCACGACUAUCUGCAAAGAAAUCGCGCACCAAACCUCUAUAUAUCAGAGAAGGAGGAUCCAUCCCCGCAAUCAGGUUUCUGGAAAAGGAAUUUGGGGCUCCGGCUGCGCAUUUUCCUUGCGGUCAGGCCUCGGAUUCUGCACAUUUGGACAAUGAGAGAUUGAGAUUGACGAAUUUGUACAAGAGUAAGGAUAUUUUCAAGAGGGUGUUUAGGGAGUUGCCUACGAAGUAG